UUUCAUGGUAGGUAACGCUCACGUAAUUAACAUUCGUAGAAGUCGUUUACGUUAAAGUUUUCGUGAUUCAGGUGAACACACUUCACUUACCUCUUUUAUUUAUUUGUGGUAGAAAAAGAAUGCAACUAUGAGCUUCAGCAGUGACGAAGUAAAUUUCCUAGUUUAUCGUUAUUUACAAGAAUCAGGAUUUCAGCAUUCUGCCUAUACUUUUGGUAUUGAAAGUCACAUCAGUCAGUCAAAUAUUAAUGGAGCACUGGUUCCACCUGCUGCGUUAUUGUCAAUCAUCCAAAAAGGUCUGCAGUAUACAGAAGCUGAGAUCAGUAUUGGAGAGGAUGGUUCAGAAAGAAUGAUUGAGUCGCUUUCCCUAAUUGAUGCUGUGAUGCCUGAUGUGGUAGCUUCAAGGCAACAGCAAGCUCAUAGUGUUAAAAAUCCAGUAGUGAAGACUGAAACUAAUAAUAGUAAUGGUGAAGAAAAUUCUACAAAUAAUUUUUCAGCAAAUCAUACAGAGAAUAUGGAAGUUAAUGGAGGAGUAGAGAUUCCAAGUAGGAGGUCAACGAUCCUUCGUGGUCAUGAAUCUGAGGUUUUUAUCUGUGCUUGGAACCCUACAAAAGACCUGCUGGCUUCAGGUUCUGGAGAUUCCACAGCAAGGAUAUGGAAUAUGAGUGAUAACAUUGGUGCUGGUCCAAACCAGCUGGUUCUUAAACACUGUAUUCAAAAAGGAGGGACUGAAGUACCCAGUAACAAGGAUGUUACUUCAUUAGAUUGGAAUUCUGAUGGAACAUUCCUAGCAACUGGUUCGUAUGAUGGGUAUGCUAGGAUAUGGACGACAGAUGGUCGACUUGCUAGUACUUUGGGUCAACACAAGGGUCCAAUAUUUGCUCUGAAAUGGAAUAAAAAGGGAAAUUACAUAUUAAGUGCUGGAGUUGACAAAACAACAAUUAUUUGGGAUGCCAGCACUGGGCAGUGUACACAGCAGUUUGCUUUUCAUUCUGCCCCAGCCUUAGAUGUAGACUGGCAAACCAACACCAGCUUUGCAUCUUGUUCAACAGACCAGUGUAUUCAUGUUUGUAAGUUAGGAAUGGACAAACCAACCAAAACCUUCACAGGUCACACGAAUGAAGUCAAUGCUAUUAAGUGGGAUCCUCAAGGUUCAUUAUUAGCUUCAUGUUCUGAUGACAUGACUUUGAAAAUUUGGAGCAUGAAGCAAGAUACAUGUGUACAUGAUCUUCAAGCUCACAACAAAGAGAUUUAUACAAUCAAGUGGAGCCCUACUGGUCCUGGUACCAACAACCCUAACAUGAAUUUGAUAUUAGCAAGUGCUUCAUUUGAUUCUACAGUGAGGCUCUGGGAGGUAGAAAGAGGAGUCUGUCUUUUUACUUUAACUAAACAUACAGAGCCAGUUUACAGUGUAGCAUUUAGUCCUGAUGGGAAAUACCUGGCUAGUGGAUCGUUUGAUAAGUGUGUUCACAUCUGGUCAACUCAGAGUGGUUCAUUGAUCCAUAGUUAUAAAGGAACUGGAGGAAUAUUUGAAGUUUGUUGGAAUUCAAGAGGGGAUAAAGUGGGUGCAAGUGCUUCUGAUGGCUCUGUAUUUGUGUUGGAUCUUAGGAAGUCUUAAGAAAAUUCCAAUGUUCAGCAUCAUCAUUCAAUAUGUUAGUCAUCUGUGAAACACUGUUCUGCCAUCUAUCUACCAGUUGUCAACUUUCAGCCAUGUUUGUUAUAUUAACUGGGAGUUGAACAUUUAUGACACAAAACCUUCUGUGGUGUUUUGUUGUGAUAAAUCUUUCAUCCAACUCUAAGUGGAUGGGAUCUGAAACCUUCAUACUCUGUGUAUCCUAAUGUAUUCAUGAUAGAAUUACUUAAAAGGAAAGGCUGGGAUCAGUUUAAAUGUAGAAUAAAUUAUUAUUGACCGGCAUUUCUAUUUUCAGGUAAAAAUUGUCAAACAAAAUAAACUGAAAUCUUGUUUUUAAUUUUGUAGGCUGAAACAAACAUAUUUUCAUGGCUGAACAUUUUUUAUAUCAUUUAAAUGACUAUGCUUUUCUUCAUUAUACGAUAAGCUGAAAACAAAGCAUUAUUAUACUUCUUGAUUCAAAUUUUUUUAGUCUUUAUGAAGGAUAUUUUUUGUGGGGUAACAAGUCUUUCUUAGUUCAUAUGGCAAAGGACAGAAUCAGAUUAUCUAGGAAUUUGCAAGUUGCUUAUCUACUCUCAUUGUGAAAAAAUAGACUGUUCAUUCACUUUGUAGACUGCAUAAAAUGCUUUUCUGUAAUAAAAGUUUUUACAAAAUAUAA